AUGAAAAUAAUAUUGGGCUUACGUCUAACCUUGAAAUAUUUCUUUAAGCCUAAAGUAACCAUAAAUUAUCCGUAUGAAAAAAGCCGGAUUAGCCCAAGAUUCAAAGGUGAGCAUGCAUUACGGCGUUACGCCAAUGGUGAAGAGCAAGCUUGCCCAGUUGAUGCCAUUGUGGAAGGACCUAAUUUUGAGUUUGCGAGCCUUAGCCAUGAGGAAUUGCUGUAUGAUAAGGAAAGAUUGUUAAAAAAUGGUGAUAUGUGGGAACAAGAGAUAGCAAUAAAAUUGCAUAAUGAUUAUAAAUACAAAUAA